UCAGCGAUAGAUCACUGUUACGAUGAUCCAUGUCUGAACAAUGGAUCGUGCAUCAACUCUCCGAAUGGCUACAACUGUACCUGUCCUUCAGAAUUUACUGGAGUUAAUUGUGAAGGUAAAAAUUAUUAUUAUUAUUUUUUUUUUGACUAGUGAAUUUGACCAGAAUGAAAUAUACAUUUCGAUGUAAGAAAACUUUUAUUAGUUUGUAAAUCCGGUUUUUUCUUUGAAUAUAUAUGUAUUUUUUUAAACAUAUAUAAAUACUUGAAAACGAAAUGUUUUUUUUUUAAGAGUCGGCUUACCAGGGUUCUUACUUAUGAUAUUUAACAAUUAUUCCACGAGUUUGCGUUGGAUAUGAUAUGGUGGCUAGCCAACGAGGAGCGUAGCGCCGAGUUGGCUAUAAUCAUCUCAUAUCAACAAGCGCGAGUGGAAUAAUUGUUUUAUUACAAACGCCCACAAAAUAUCGAGAAUGCUUCUCGACUUUAUUUGUAAAAACAUCCGAUUUUUCAGCUUAUUUUUCAGCAUACAAUUACCACAUUUGGAGAGCAUGGUAUAACGGCUCAUAUGCCAUGAUGGCUAAGCCAAUCAGAGCUUUAGAAUUGCAUUAUUCAAUGAUUCAGUUUUUAAUAAAACAAUUUACACCCUUUGAGAAGAGCAUCCCCAUGUCGUCUACUUGAUGGAGGGUUUAUCGAGUCGGCUAAUAUCAAGCAAGCAAAAGAAAGGGUGUAUCAAUUUAGGUUUCCGGGAAACUACCCACCUACCCCCUAACCCAUUAUUUUGCCCAAAGUGAGAAUGAAGUGGUCAUGUUAGCUUAGGGGAGGGGUAGGUGGGCAGUUUCCUAGAAACCUAAAUUGAUCCGAAAGGGUCUACUGGCAGCGUGAACAAUGAAAUAGUUUCCAAUUUCACUCUCCGUUUUGUUCCGAGCGAAAGGCCUGCAUUUGAUCACCCCCUCAAUCUUUUCUUUAUUUAUAAUUGAGGUAUAUUGGUUGAUUAUUCGUUUUUUUUUUAUCUCAUUUAGUUCAUGAUUUAUGUCGCCUAAAUCCUUGUAACAGCGGAGGAACUUGCAGUAUGUCACAGGAUCAUUAUAGAUGUGACUGCCCAGAUGGUUUAACUGGGGCAGUUUGUGAAAAUGGUAAGAUGAGAAUACAUUCCUCCGGCAACGUUGUUUGUUAUCACGUUCUGUUGAAGGGGCCAUGUUGCACUAUUUUCUACCUAUUUGAAACGUUAAAAUGUGUCCUGGCAUCAAUUGCAUUCCUAAAGUAAUGGGCUAGUUUUUGUUCCGGUUGUCAGUUGCAUUGGAUGGUAAGGAUGGACAUGGAUUUAACCUUGAAAAAGUUGAGCCGACUUUUUCAACUUUAAAUUCUUUGCCCGCAAAAAUCGCCAAAAUUAUUAUAGUUAGUGCUUUUUCAUGAAAAUAACGUGUUCGAUAUCUUCUUCAUAAGUCUACAGGGGAAUUUUUGCAUGGGUAAACUUGCCUAUAAGUCGAGGUCAAAAUUUUUCUCGAGCGAGAAGUGCAAGCUAGAAAUUCGUUAUGUUUACGGCGGCAGAGCUAGAGCCUACUACCGGAACCGGAAACAAGAAGCGAAGGACUUUGAGGAAGUCUAGUGCAUGGGUUAAGGCACUAAGUAAUGACACAGAAUUGACCUAAAACAGCAAUAUCCUUGUGAUAUGGCCAGGGGCAAAAUUCAACAAAAAUUACCAAAUUUUGUCGCAGAAGGUUUGCUCAAUUAAAAAAAAAGGAAAAUAUGUCUGCCCAAGAACUUUUCCGGUUUGUCCAACUUUAGCCUGAGAAAACAGCCGCCAUUUGGCGACGCUGCCAUUGGUUUCCCCGCCAAAUGACGUCUGAGAAACGCGCGCUGAAAUUCCAUACUGAUGACGCGACACUACCCAGAUCUGGGUAGCGCUUUUGGUUGGUUGAAUCAAGUUUCCCACGCGGCACGACCAAUCAGAAACACUAACCAGAUCUGGGUAGUGACGCGUCAUCAGUGUGGAAUUUCUGCGCUCGUUCCUCAGACGUCAUUUGGCAGGGAAACCGGUGAUGGCGUCGCUAAAUGUCGGCCGUUUUCUCAGGCUACUCCAGUGGUGACCUAGUCGGUCCUUUCUGAAAAGAACAAUUAUUCGCAGGCUCGAAACUGUCUGUCUGCCUUCAAUCUAUUUUCAAAUGAAGGGUUUAUCAUAUGUGGAAGACGAGUCUUUGCAAUUUUCGUCCCAAAGCAAGUUUAACCCAGAAAAUAUUUAUGAUCAGAUGAUUAUUAUUUACGCAUAAAGUGAGAUCAUGUUUAUGUUUUCAGAUGUUAAUGAGUGUUAUAACAGCCCUUGUGUGAAUAGUGCAUCCAGUUGUACAAACACUUUUGGUAGCUACGAGUGUAACUGCGCUUCAGGCUUCACAGGAAGACAUUGUCAAAUCGGUAAGCUUUCGCCUGAUUGAUUGCUAGGGGAGGGGAGCAAACAAAGACCUCUUACCAACCUAGUUCGAGGGCCGUAAAGUAAUUGUUUUGAUUUCUUGUUUUUGUUGUUGGUGUUGUUGUUGUUGUUGUUGUUUUGCCUCGUUUUAUGGCAGAUGCGCCAGGCGUGCGGGCCGUAAAAUCCAGGUUCCAUAACAGUACGGACCAACAGGAUGAGGCCCCAACUGGAUAUUUUGCAGUGUAUCUACGGGUUUAAAUGGAGAAGGGGAGUUUUUUUCAGUUAAAACCGAAGGGCCAUUAAUGAUCGAAGCUCGUCAACUCCAAGCGCAGUUAAAAAAGAUCAGUGGCUUUUAAAUCCUGGCAUUUAACGGGGAAAAGGCAUUCGCUGACUGACUUAUAAAACAUAUUCAAAGUUCAUUACGUUCAAACAGCAGCUUUACAAAGCUCUUCCAUCUUCUUUAAUACUCAGAGGUUUGUACCGAGAAAUUCUAUCCACUAAGUUGAUCAAUCACAGUUUUCCGGUCAUGAAAGAUAUUAAAUAAACGGUAAAAAUUGAGCAAGCAAUCUUUUUACAAAAUUACUUUAAUGAAGAUAAAGUGCAUUAAGAUAACUAACCAUAACUGAACAUGGAAUUCUCACUGUAUGUCGUAUUCUCAAAAGACGUGUCGUAUUCGUUUCUCGUAGGAAUAUCAGCUGACGUUUUUGACGUCCUCCUGUUGUUCGAUGGCUCUUCGUACUUAGGAUCAAGUCAUUUUUACCAAACCCUGCUCUUUGCAAAGGCUUUCCUCUCCAACUAUAAUAUAUCUAAGAGAGAAACAAAUGUGGCCGCUGCCGUAUAUGCCAACAAUACCACUGUCGGUUUCAACUUUACGCAACACUUCAGUUACGAGGCGGUAGCUGCUGCUGUUGAAAGGAUACCUUUCCUUGACGAGGCACCACUUAAUCUUGGUAACGCCUUGAACAUUGCCAGGCAAGAAAUCUUUCCAGCUGGAAGACCCAACGUACCUGACGUCCUUGUGAUAUUCGUUAGUUCCUCCCUAAGUAACGGGUUUGCUGCAAUAUCGCAAACUCUUCGAGAUGAGGGAGUUAAGAUAAUAGUCAUCGCUACUGGCAGCAAUUUUAACAUACCGCAGUUGGAACAAGUUGCAAGCACCCCAGCAUCUCAUUAUUUGGUCACAACAAGCUAUCAGCAUAUGGACACCAUGGAAAAUUCUGUGCGUGGUGCGGUUUCUCAAGGUGAAUUUGUCUUCCUCUAAAAUUUUCAAUAGUCUGCUGCCAGCUUUUCUAGAGAAAGUUGUCAUUUAAAGUCAGUUCUAUAGAAAUGGACAAAACAUGAUCUCCAUUUUUUUCGGCGAGCAAUAUGUCCGUAUGAGUUCCUCUUCUUCUUAACAUUCAUUAGUGUUAAGUGAAAUUACCCGACUACGAUUAAAUGCAUACAAUACAGUCUUCAUCAGUUGAAACUCUCAUCACAUGAACUCAAAGUUAGACUAAACGGACAUGUGUUCUUCAUCGUUAAGAAAUGAGAUAUUCAUUCACUCUUAAUUGCCCGUUGAAGUAAUGACUUUAAGUCCAUAAUCAACAUCGGAAAACUCUAACCAAAAAGUAAAUCGUCUUUUUUUCUCCAGCUGUGAAUCCAUGCUCCUCAUUUCCAUGUCAGAAUGGAGGUAACUGUUCAAGAACGGGAAGCAACUUCACAUGUUCAUGUCCUAGCGGAUUUAAAGGUCCCACCUGUGAAAUAGGUAUUUAAUACUUGCUUCUUAAGACAGGAAAGGCUAAAUUGAAUUUUGCAAGAAAAAAGAAUGCCAGAUGCUUAUAACGAGUUGUCUUGAUAUGCUCUAUUUCUUUUCUCCAGUUUAGCUGAGCUUAAAAUUGAACAGGAAUCUAUAUCUUGAAGAAUUUCGAGAAAACGUAAAGAAGUAUACGGUUGCGAAGGAAUGCUUUGUCAUUUCCGGAAAUUCCUAUGCUUCGAAAUACCUGGCAAUCAGGGAAUGUAUUUAUGUAUUAGAUAUCUAACAUGCUCAGCAAACGUGUUACAAUUAUUUUUAAUCAGACAUCAACGAAUAAACGCCCACUCUCAAGGUCCAAAAAUUUAAUAAGCGCCCAGGGCGUUUAAUCGAAUAAGUACGGUAUGUAUUAGAUAUCUAACAUGCUCAGCAAACGUGUUACAAUUAUUUUUAAUCAGACAUCAACGAAUGUAUUGCUAGCGAAGCAAAUUGCAAAGACCAAAAACAUUGUGUGAAUACCAGAGGUGGAUACCAGUGCAUUUGUCCUGGUGGUCAAUAUGGAGAGAGCUGUGAAUACAGUAAGUAAAAUUAACACAGUAUUUUCACGUUUAUAGUUACAAGCCAUUGAUUUUAUUAUUAUUAUUUUUUUUCAAGAAUAGAUCUUAUUCACGAUGUCCGCCAUCUUUGCACGCGCUCAAGGACUGAUGGGAUAAAGGCAAUGUCACGUGGUUUCUCGGGGGGAAAACAAGUGAAAAAAAAUUUCCAAUGGAAGAAAUCGCGGUCGAGUGCGUUUAUUCUAGACAACAAGAAAUGAAGACUUUCUCAUUUUAAAGACGAUAACGUCAAAAUUUGGGUGGAAGUCCGUAGAUGUCCUCAUGGCAAACAGUAAUGACGUAAAUCUUGCUCAUGUACAUUUUGAAUGACUAUGGAAUCGUCAUCUUGUUUUGAUAGUAUAAACAAACUUGACCGUGAUCACUCGUAUUGGCAAAUUUUAUCACUUGUUUACCCCCUGAAAUACCACGUGACAUAGCUUUUAUCCCAUCAAUCCUAGAGCGCGUGCAUAGAUGGCGGGCAUUGUGAAUAAGGUCUAUUUAUAACACUUUCAGACAUGGCGUUAAUAUAUUCUCCCGCAAGUUAAUGAGAUUCCCACACACACACAAAAAAAGUAUUAUUUCAUUCCUACUAUACUUCUUUGGCAUACAAUUUUCAGCUUCUGGGAUCGUAAGCCAUGAAAAAGGGAUUCAGUAGAAUGGUGUUUUAUCCCUGUGUAUUAAUCCUAUUAUUUAACUUUAGGCAUCGAUACAAAGUUUGACCUCGCCUUUUUAAUUGACGGCAGUCAAGUGGUGACUGAACAAAAUUUCCUGAGCUUCACAUCCUUCGCCUAUGCGAUCAGUGCGUCUUUAAAUGUCUCAAGGGAUGAAACACAUGUCAGUGUGGCCAUAUAUGGAGCCGCUCCAGCCCUGAUCAUACACAAUCAGUACAACCAGUCCGCCAUAGAGCACGUCUUAGACAAAAUACCUUAUACUGCAAGUCUUCAGAGUAAUUUGGGUGAAGCUCUUUUACAUCUUGCUUCGAAGCUGUACAACACAAGUAAACCGCGACCAAAUACCACAAGAGUCUUGGUCAUCCUAACAGCUAGCAAAUCUCAAGACGAUCUCUUGGUUCCGUCCAACAUGCUGCUCAAUCAUUACAAUGUAAAAGUGUUUGUCCUUGCGGUUGGUAAUCAGUAUAGCAAUGGGCAACUGAAUGAGGUCUCUUCAGAUCCAGACGCAAACUAUAUCCAUACUUCCCCCACUGGGCAUGAUCUUUCAACGCAAGUUAUUCCUUUCAGGGAAAAUUUAUUCUUCGGUUAG